AUGGAUGGCCCCAGACAGGACGCGGAGCUCCGGGCGGAGCUGGCGGCAGCACAAGCAGAGCUAAAGUCCUGCGAGGCGGAGCUGGCAGCAGAGCGGGAUGUGUCGCAGCAGGAGCUCAUCACCUGCGCCUCGUUGGAGGCCCAGCUCACCGCGGAGAAGCGGAGGAACACCGCGGCGGAGAGCGAGGCAACUGCCCAGCAAGUGGCCAUACACCGUGCAGAAGCAGAGACACGGGUGCAGCUGGAAGCGGCCAAGCAGCUCCGAUCGGAGGCUUUCAGAGCGGCCCAGGAGGCGCAGCAUCUGAAGUCCGAGUCAUCCGAAGCUGCGAUGGUGCUGAGGGAAUGCAAAGCCGCUCUGGAGAGGCACGACGCCGACGAGGAGCGUCAGUCGCAGCUGCUGUCGGAAAACGCGGAGCUGGAAGACACGCUGAAGGUGGAGACGGCCAUCGUCCAGGAGCUUCGAGGCCUUUGCAACACCGAGGCCAAGUGCUACACAGUGGCCAUGGCCGAGUGUGAGGGUCUACGACGGGAGCUGCACGACUUGACCCGCAUGGUCCCACAGCCAGGGCCAGGGGCCGGCGCAGGAGAGGGCUGCGAUUCCCACGCCCUCGCCGGGUCGAAGAUCCACGGCGGCAGGUUGAGGCAGUUGAGUAUUGAUGUCUCGGGCCGCUUUGAGCGCGAGCUGCGCGGACAGGGCUUCGUGGACAGAGCGCCGGGCAAAACGCGGAAAGACGCGGCGCGCUUUUGCUUCGGCAGCUUUGCACAACCGCCGGAGACAGAGACGACGGAGACGGUGGCUUGCGCGAGCCUGUUCUGGAGCAGCCUGGCAGGUUGCCCCCGCUUUGCGCCCGACUGCUGGUUUGCCAUCAACACGCCCUGGCGCCAGAGCAGCCUGGGGGACGCCCACACCGCCGUGGCGCUGCGGCGGUUGUGGGGGCAUCGCCCGGCCUACUGGGUGCCCAUGGCACGCAGGGCUGGCUGUGGCUGCAUCGAUGUGGCGGCCAAGGACGACGAGGGCCUUGCUGCCAAGGAGGUGGCGGCCACAGCCAUCGCGGCGUGGUGCGCGGUGGCCUGGGAGGAUGGCAGAACUUGCUCCACGGGCCGGGCGGUUGGCGCAGAGGCAAAGGCGCAGGGCAGCGUGCUGCGGCCGAUUUUCAUGGUGCACGACCGGGCAUCCCACGCGGAGCGGGGUGCACUGCUGCAAGUGCUCAUGCUGGCUCACCGCGCGGCUUUGCAGCUGGAGGUGCAGCAGUCAACCUCUGCCCUGGAGGCAAUGCAGCAGGAAGCAAUGCUCUGGAAGCAGCGCGCGGAGGUGCUGCUAGGCCGGCGCAAGGCGGUGAUGUCGGUGGCGGCUCGCUGGCAAGGCGCCGAUGCGGCCUGGGACUGGCUCAUGGAGCAGGGCACCGGGCCUCAGGAGCUGCAGGAACUGCCGGAGGGCGCAGAGCUUCGGCUCCAGAACCGCGAGCUCUGCCUGUCCCUGCGCCAGUUUAAGCAGGACUGCGAGCUUUUGGAGUCCGAGAAUCUGAGCCUCAAGGAGGCGCUGGGGUGCAUGGAGGAUGACCUGCACAGGGUAUCUGACCAGCACGCCCAGCUGGUGGGCCAUGUGAAUCACCGCCAGAAAAUUCGCUACACGAUGAAGCUGAAGGAAGAGAUCAACCGCCUGUGCGGUGAGUUGAAGAAGGCGAGGCAGCGCAUUGUGCAGCUGGAAGUGUCCAAGGAGACAUUUCGCGCCACUCCGCGAGUGGCCAGCGACGUGGUGAGUGUGCUGCCGGACAAGCACAAGGGGCCGGUGCCACCGGAGUUUCAGAAGCUGCAGGGCAAGUGGCGAACGGAAGCGGACAAGGCGCCCAUGGGUGAGAUUAUUGGAGCCACCAUCGUGUGGGACAAGAUGUUCAAUCUGGAACAGUCUUUGUUGAAGUUGACAGCGGAAGGAGAAAUCGAGAUGCGGCUGAACGACGCCGUGCACAAGGCCAAGUGUGACUCCAGCGGGUCUCGGCUUGUGUGGAGUGACGGCGAGGUGUGGGUCCGGAAAUAA